AUGGAAAGUUCUUAAAAGAUUGAUCAACCAGAAGAUUGCGAAAUCGACGUAGAAAUGAUAAUGAAAGAGUUUAAUUUGAGAAAUGAUAAAACAUUAGACCUCUAUUAAGAUUCUCUUGAACUAUAAGAAUAAUCCCUAAGUGAAACUAAAACAAAAUUUAGACUAGCUAAAAAUUUUGAACAGCAAUCUACUCGACGUGAACUUAUUGAAUAAUCAAUAUUCAAGUCAAAGUCAGAGCUUAUUGAUUAUUACGAGUAUGAAGAAAAUAUGAGUAAAUCUAACGAUAGUCUUUUUAAAUAAGACUAAGAGAUAAUAUCUGCCGAAGAAUCUGAGUUGUUAAGAGAUUUUGUGAGAUCCUAGGAGCAGAAGUUCAAAGAUGACCCCUUUAAUAAUGAAAAAAUCAUUCCUUCUGAUUGCUAUGUUAAAUUUGACACAGCAAAAUUUUUCAAGAUGCUAAUAUACCACUUGCUCUACUUUCAAAUAGCUGGUCCUUUCGUUGUAGUCCCCCUUAUAAUGAUGGUUGAUGGAAGGAAAUUACUUACUAAUAUGGGGUUUUGGGGUUUUACUCGGACACAUCUUUCAAAUUUGAUCCUUGCUACCUGCAUGCAACUCGGCUUAAUCACUUUUAUUGUGAGUGAAAAAUCCGGAACAUUAAAUUAUGUGGAACUAUUUGCAGCUGAACUUACAAUGCUAAUAAAAACUUUCUUAACCUCAAUAAGGUACGCUACUCAUUCCAAGUCAAGAAAGUAUAUGUACAGAAAUUAAUAUUUGACGAGACAUGAAUUAAUUCAAGAUUUUGUGGAGUAAGCCUGGAGUGAGCUUAAACCUGACAUUGUUGAUCGAGAAAUCAAGAAUUCUAUGAUAAUUAAUGAAAUUGAGAAUUUAUCAUUUGGAUGCCAGUUUUUAAGUAAAAUGAGAGAUCAUUUCAAAGACGCCAUUUGUGAUUAUUAAUACUAUGAAAAGAAUAAUUACGAUACUUAAAAAUUAUAGAUAGUACUGAGGAAAACUAAAGAAAUAUUCAAUCAUCAAUCAAAUUAAGAUUUGACUUUUACCAGCGCAGUGUCAAGUAAAUUAAAAACUAAAAAAGCAAUAAUAUUCCCUCAAAAAUAAAAUGCUACUGAUGAAAUAGAAAAUACUGUAUUAAUUAGAAAUUCAAUUGAAGAAGUAGACGACUAGAAAUUACUGACAAGAUACUCGGCUCGAACUUUUAUGAGAGAAUAAUUUCUCACAUCAUAGGUACUGCUUCCACCUCGGUAAAAAUCACUCGGAAUCGUACUUUCGAUUAUUCAUGGACUCCUCUCUUUUAGUAUGGUUUUUAGCACUGACUACAAAAAUGAAACAAAUGAGGAAAUUUGGUAUCAUAGAUAUAUUCAUACUGACUUUUGGGUGUACACAAUUUCCCUAUUUUACAUAAACAGCUUUAUAUUUUACAAAAAUAUAGUAUUCAUGGAUGUUGCUUUAAUUGAUUUUGGAAGAACUUAUAUUGUAAUGCAACUGAUGAACGUGCUUUUGGAACCUAAUAGACAAAAGCUUAAUAAUAUCACUAGAAACUUCCCUAUUAUUAAUUUCUUUGACAAAAGGUCAAUGCUUUGCUGGUUAGACCUCAAAUUACUUCUAGAGAAUUUUGGGUUAAGAUAUAGAUGGACUCUAAUCAUUUUUGAAAUCCUCAUUAUGCUUAUUCUUACAAUACUACUUUUUAAUUACGCUGAAAGAACUAAUCAUAUCUUUCAAAUGCAAAUUCACAAACUAUUGGAACUCAAAAAUUAGUUAGAGAGAAUUCAUUCUGAGUGGGAUUUUAUAAUGGAUAGCAGCAAUGAUUUAAAAGAGAACCAACUUUUUCAAUUGACAAAUCUUCAUUGA